UAAAAUUAAAACAGUUACCAGCCAGCUGAGGAUGCUCAUGAAGAGCGAUGGGUAAAAUGCGCGCUGAUUAUUCUAUGCUGUGCUUUGGAAGCUAAGCCAUAUUAACGAAAACUCCAUUCCAAGCAGUUUCCCUUCUCCCGUCCUCUAAACGCUAGCAGGUUGCCAACACAGUGGCCAAAGAUCAAGUGGUCUUUCUGCGGAAAUUAUUCCCUCCUUUCAAAGUUAUAAUCCAUCAUGCCGCGAGCUUUUUUAUUCUCAGCCAAACGGUAUUCUGCUGGUCGACGGACGUUCCGUGAAACGCCGUGCAGUAACCAUAAACCGGAUGACACACCGUCGAUUAAUCCAAUCAUAAUUAAACCCAGCACGGAGAAUUUCUUCGGUGGAGUUUUUAACGUCAUCUUUCCUGCGCACCUGGUGAUUGAGCCCAGUCAGCCAUUGGCUAGCUUACCUGUGAAUGUCGCCGGACAGACGGGUGUCGUUGACACUGUGACCACUGAUAGCGAUCAACCGGUUGUGAGCGACACGGAUACAAUUCAACGUGAUAAAGAGAGGGGGAAUAAUACGGUCCAACGGCGACAUAAAGUCAAACGACCCCCAACAGGCAGCGAGAAUGGCAGUGUUCCCGGGGCGCAUGUGUGUCCGGAUUGCGGGAAAUGCUAUACAACAGCCAGUAAUUUGACACGGCAUCGGCAAACUCAUCGGAGUAUUUCGGAUAAAAAAGCUCGAAAAUGUCCGUAUUGUGAUCGCAUCUACGUGUCUUCGCCCGCAUAUAACAUGCAUGUGCAGACGCAUGUCCAAAGUUGCGAGUGCCCAUACUGCAAAAAGCGAUUUAGCCGGCAGUGGUUGCUUCAGGCAACGUCGGCAAGUAACGUAAGCGAUACUGAAGUAUUCAUUCGGCUUGUGCAGGGACACAUGCGAACACAUACGGGAGAGAAACCAUUCCAGUGUAAACUGUGCAAUAAACAGUUUGCCGAUAAAUCCAACUUACGAGCUCAUACACAGACCCAUUCGGCGGAACGACCUCAUGUAUGCUCCGUGUGCGGAAAGUCUUUCGCACUAAAAAGCUACCUGACAAAGCAUGAGGAAGCCUCCUGUAAUCCCAGCAAGUCAUAAGAGAAACUAGUCCGUCGCUUUAUGUUGGAAAGAAUAUUGUUGUUUUGUUAUCUUUUAAUUCAUUUUGUUCAGUUCAGGGAUCGGCAUUCCUUGCCAGUUAACUGUCAUUAUUGGUAAUGAGCGUGGCUUGAAUUACUCGCACCGAAUGUAGCAUUACGGCCAAAUUAAUCAGUCGAAUAGCUUCUCCGGUUACGUGGAUAUGAUUAACGAUGAUUAUUAUAGUAUUUAAAAAAACAAAUAGUAAAAUUUUCAGUAUGGGCUAUUUAUUCACCCCGAAAUUUCUGAAAGAUGAAAUAAAGUGGCAGG